AUGGAUGUCCGCGCGCUUACCAUGUCAGCUGAGUUUGGAGGAAUUAAACCGAAGCUGGUGCCCAGCAGCGAAAACGAUCAGUGCAUGGUUUACGUUCCAUCAUCAAGUGUCCCGCGCUCAUUGAUGGAGUCAAUGACGGAUGCUAGCAGCUACGAGGAAGAGGACGAACAAGAAGACUACUCGGACGACGAGAACGAAGACAACGCCAAUGGUGAAUCUAGCGGCGAUAGUGACAGUGACGACUACGCCUCCAAAUGUCAUAGUCCCAAAGAGCUGAGCUUGAAUGCUGCAAAUUCCGGAAGUCUGACAGACAACGAGUCGGAUAGUCCCAGUGCCAAAACUCCGUCAACUUCACUUGCAAGCGGCAAUGCCGGAUGCAACAAAUCAGAACUGAACCCUGGCCCAGUGACGCAAUUAACCCCCGCUGCACAACAGAAUAGCAACGAGACCACUGCACCUAGCAGCACUGCAUCGGCGGAACAAUCUGUAGACGCAUCUCAUAUUGGGGCGAGGAGGACUCCUGUCGUGCAGUUGGAACGACCAGGCUCAGGCAGAAAGCGGCACCGGAAAAUGCUGGCUCCGCGGCGUAUCCCGCCGUCUUGAUUUGACGGGUAAUGGCGAGGCAACAAGAAUAUUUUUCGCAGUUCAAGAAUGUUACUUGAUAAUUUCACUCUACAUGUUGUUUUCCCACUAUUUUUGAAGAUGGU